CCUUCCCACCUUCUACACUUAUUCCUCAACUAUCUGAUCUCUUCACAUUUACACUCGCGUCCCUUGUGUGACUUCAAAUUGUCUUCUGUACCUAACGACUGGAUCCAUCCCGAGUCUCCGUUCCGAACCAGUGCGGAAAUUUCCCGACUCGCCACCCGGCGGAAUCCAGCCCAUCCUCUUGGUCGUGUGCAGAACCCAACCUCUUCGACACCCUCUUACAACUUUCCCCUUCCUUCUAGCAGUCAUGGCUUCCUCGGUCGCCCAGAAACGUCUCUUCCAUGAAUACAAGAACCUCUCUACGAACCCGCCCGAGGGUAUCACGGCUGGCCCCGUCUCGGAGGAUGACAUGUUCUAUUGGGAAGCUCUGAUCGAGGGCCCUGGAGGCACUCCCUUCGAGGGUGGUGUGUUCGCUGCCGAGCUCAAGUUCCCCAAGGACUAUCCUUUGAGCCCUCCGACCAUGAAGUUCGUCGGUGGUGGAGUGUGGCACCCGAACGUAUACCCCAACGGAACAGUCUGCAUCUCAAUUCUCCACCCGCCUGGUGAUGACCCGAACCACUAUGAACAUGCCUCCGAGCGCUGGUCGCCCAUUCAGAGCGUGGAGAAGAUUCUCAUCUCAGUCAUGAGCAUGCUCGCUGAGCCAAACGACGAGAGUCCCGCCAACGUCGAAGCAGCCAAGAUGUGGCGUGAGCGACGGGCCGAGUACGAGCAGAAGGUCCGGGACGAGGUGCGCAAGGGAUUGGGUCUUUGAAAUAUAUCAGACCGGAAUACGUUGGUGCGGACGAAGAACACGUUUUGAUGAUUGGCGUUGGGACAUGAUUAUUCUUGAGUUUUGCAUGGCUUGGCUGGUGAUUGUUUUCUUUGUUGUACAGCUUGUAUGUAUAUCGAGCAUUCGGAAGAGAGAAUUCAUUCAUGAUUCCACUGAUAAGCUGCAUCUGCUCUAUGCUAGGGGGUUGGACCCCAACAUGUAUCUUAACUUCUGAAGUCUAUAAUACUCAGAUUACUUCUGGCCAAUAUCACGACACCGUCGCUUCCGUCC